AUGUCCUCGUGGAGUCCCUCAUCCAACUGGGGCAACUAUCUCCCCUCGGUUGAGAGUGUCUCCAAGACGGUCUCAGGGUUGGGAGGAGUCGCGUCAGGGGUGGUGGGGGUGGUGUCGUCAUCGGUGCCGUCGCAGAGCUACCUGUCUCAGUGCGUCCCUUCCGUGACCGGAUUCCUUCCUAUCAAGGAGAAGUGCUCUCAAGACAUGACCGAUCGACACGAGGUGCUUCACAUCAGUUUCGAUGUUGACAGUGGACUGACUUCGCGUCGUCGCUUUCUCUUCAUCUGCUUGAGAAAUGGAUUUCAAGUGUGGCAAGUCAUGGAAGCUGAGGAGGAGGAAGAGAAGGAAGAAACUAGUCGCUCCUUCCCGGAUGUUUUUCCUCUUCGAGAAGUUUUAUCGGUCCGCCAGGGAUACACGAGGCUGGUCAAGGUCAUCCCGUCUGUUGCUCUUCCUCCCGGCGCUCUUCUUGCUGGGCGACAGCCGGCAGUGGCGCUGGUGGCUGGAGACGAGCUGGGGGAUAUGAAGGAGGUGAAGAUCUUGAGCUUGAAGGAGGACACACCCUUUCACGCCCUUCGCUUCCACGCCGACAUUCACGUCGUUGCCUGCAACCGUCAGCAUGUCGUCGUGCAGCUCAAGGAGCAGAUCCUUGUUCACGACAUCGCCACGCUCAGCCUCGUCCGUGUCUUGAACACUUUCCCCUGCCCGACGUCUGCUGGGCUCCUCGCGCUUGGCCCGAGGUGGAUGGCUUAUCCCGCCGACGAGGCCCCGAGGAAGGGAGCUGGCGGGCAUGUCGCCUCCUUCAACUCCUACGGCAGCGCGUACCUCGACGUCGGGGUGGGAGUCGCAGGCAGCAUGGCAUCUGGCGCGAAGCAGCUGGGAGAGCUCGGGCUGCGGACUCUCAACUCGUACCUUGGCUCUUCCCCUCCUGCUGCUCCUUCCCCUCCCGAGCCUUACCUGGAGCACGCAGGGACUGUGCUGCUCCGCGACCUUCAGUCUGAUGAGGUAGUCCAUCACUUCCGAGCUCACGACUGUCCGCUCGCAAUGCUGCAGUUCGACCCCAGCGGUCUCCUCCUCGUGACGGCAGCUGCGGACGGGCACAACAUCAACAUCUUCCAGGUGGAGGCGAGGGGGAGGGACGGGAAGGGGCCGCGUGUGUUGGCUCCCCGGCAUCUGUACAAGCUUGUGCGGGGAGUGACGAGCACGACCAUCGUCGACAUCGCCUUCAGCUGGGACACCCGAUGGGUCGCCAUCACCUCCAAGAGCAGUACAGUCCACCUCUAUGCCAUCAACGCCGACGGAGACGCUCGGAUGGCCCGCUAUCGUCUCUCUCCUCGCGCACACGUGGAUCCCGAGACGCAUCGAGAGCUGCUGCUGCUGGAGACGGAGAGUCAGGGCUUGUUGGACUUCUGCUGGGAACGCAGCUGGGAAGGAGAGAGGCAGGGCUUUCAGCCAGGAUCGCUCCCUCUUGUGUCAUUGCGAUCGUGGAUGGCAGCAUGCGAUUGUCAACACUGGAAGGAGCAUGUCGGGGUAGAGGGACCAGAGGGACGAGGAGAACAAGAAGUUGGGGGAGGAGGAGAAGGAAAAGGAGGAGGAAGAGGUGAAGGAGGAGGAAGAGGUGAAGGGGGAAAGGGGGAACGAGGCAAGGGAGGCCUGCCCAAGUGGGUUGCGAACGUGGAGAUGCAGACUCACGAGCGGGGGGAGGAGUCGAUCUGGUCCUGCCCGUCCGUCAAGUUUUAUUCCUUCGAGCACCAGAAGCAGGACAUGCAGGACAAAGAGAUCCUACACGAGCAGGUCAUACCGGUCCCCACGUCUCUCAUUGGUGGACGGGCGGAGGAGCUUCGCGAGAGCGACCUCGACGACUACUUCCUGGUCGAACCUCUCGCGCCUGCCCCUCCCUCGAGCCUCAGGGCCCCCAGCUCCUGGAGCAGCUCGCUCAGAGCUGGGAUGUCGCUCAUGGGGCAGGCGCAGAGGGCGAGUGAGGGUACUGGACCCUCAGGGCCAGCCGCAGCUGGACGAGACAGCUGGACGAGUGACGAGGAAGACAGCGAUGGCGAAGGUAGGGGAAGCUCAGGGGGCCCAGGGCUUGCGGCAAGCACGAUGCUCUUCGACGAGGACUUGAUCCCUUCACCUCCUGCUGAGACUUCGAGCCGCCCUGAGCUGGUCCAAGAGAAGACAGAAACUCUCGACGCUCUCUCGCCUUCGCAGCCAGCAGAUUUUUACAGCUCGGAGGGUGAGGCGGGAGGGAUGUGGGCUGGGCGAGAGGGAGAGGAGCAGCAGGUCGGAGACAAGGAGGAGGAGAGUGAAGCCACGCGGGUCACCGAGGAGAGCUCAGUCGGGGGCACAAGCAAGGAUGGGAAGAAGAAGAAGAAGAAGAAGCAAUGA